AUGUCUUCCUUCUCUCCGAAAUCUCUUCAAGUGGAUUUCAAAUCUGUAUCCACAUUGAAAUCUUCUGGAAUGCACAAAAUGUUUGAGUCGUUGAAAGCCUACGGGCUGCGAAAGUUCCUCACCCCUCAUCCUAUCUAUCACGAAUAUUCGUUCGGUAUGUUCUUCCAACUUCCCAAUGUAGGUAUUCAUGAGUUUUCACCCUCUCCUCCUGAAAUUAUGUUCACAAUGAUGAAAAUAUUCUCUGAUUCUCCCCAUAUGGAUAUUCACGGGAAGAAAAGCUUCUUGAAAGAUGAAUUUGCUCUUCUUAGCGACAUCAUUUCAAAAUCUCUUCUCUCCAAAGAAUCUUCUUACAAGUAUUUUACUAAGGUUCUUGAGAUUAUGGUGGCUAUCAUUAAACGUGUGUCCGUCAAUUGGACAAGCUUCCUCUUCGGAAACCUUGUCAGAAUGAUCUGCGCCCGGAAGACUAUCUUUGGAUUUGACGAUCCUCUUGGCGCUUUCCUUUACUUCCUUCUCAAUGAACCCGGUAAAAGUUAUCAUCUUUCUUCCAAAACUCUGAACAACCAGAAGAUUGUUGAAUAUGUUCUUAAGAAUGAGAGUAUUGGAAACACUAUCUUAGAAAAAGCUCCAAAAAAUGCAAAGUAUACUUCUCCGGAUAUUCAGAAAGAUGUAUUGAAUGUUAUUGUCAACCAAGUGAGAACAAAGAUUCGCCAAGAAAUCGGGGAUGCCGAAUUCUUCAUUUUAGUUGACGAAGCAAGAGAUGCAUCUAACAAGGAGCAGAUGGCUAUUGUGUUAAGAUUUGUGGAUAUUGAUGGGGUUUUACGAGAACGGUUCUUUGCCAUUGUAAAUGUGGCUGAUACAACUGCUACAACACUUAAGAAAGAAAUAUCUGAUGUUCUUGGUCGUUAUGACUUGCAUAUCCAUAACAUGAGGGGACAAGGAUACGAUGGUGCUAGCAAUAUGCGUGGCUCUUGGAAUGGAUUACAGGCUCUUUUUUUGAAAGAAUGUUCAUGUGCAUAUUAUGUACAUUGUUUUGCUCAUCGGCUUCAACUAGCAUUAAUUGCGGCUGCCGAAAAAGAGGUAUCUAUUUGGUUAUUUUUUUCGAAAUUGAAUUCUAUAUGUAAUCUUAUUAAUGCAUCUCCUAAACGUCAUAUCGAGUUACAUUCUGCUCAAAGAAAUGAAAUUGCACAUAUGGUAGCUACUGGUGAACGUGAUACGGGUAGAGGUUGUAAUCAGAUUGGAAAUUUAUUACGGCCAGGAAAGACUCGUUGGAGUUCUAAUUUUGACUCACUUUGUAGCAUGGUUGAUAUGUAUGGCUCUGUGAUCACUGUUUUAGAAAAUAUGGUGGAUGAGGGGUCUUCUAACUCCAUUCGUGGUGAAGCUAGUGGUUUGUUGAUUGCGAUGAAGUCUUUUGAUUUCAUAUUCAUUCUACACUUAAUGAAAAGGAUAAUGGGAUUAACAAAUCCACUUUGUCGAGCAUUGCAAGAGAGAUCUCUAGAUAUUUUAAAUGCAAUGGAGCAUGUUUCAACUACUAAAACUUUACUUCAUGUUUUGAGAGAGCAAGGGUUUGAUAAUUUACUCAGUUGCGUGGAAGAAGUUUCAAAAAAGUAUGACAUUGAGAUACCUCAGAUGGAAGCUUGUUACAAAUCUAGUAGAAGUCGUUUUUGUCAACAAAAGGAUUCGAUUACAGUUAAGCACCACUAUCAAUUUGAUGUAUUUGUUGCUGCAAUAGAUUUUCAAAUUGAAGAGCUCAAUAGUAGAUUCAAGGACGAGGCAGUCGAACUUCUUAAGCUCAGUGGUGCUUUGGAACCUAAAGACAACUUUAAACUUCUUAAUGUUGAUCACAUCUAUCAACUUGCUGAGAAAUUCUAUCAUCUAGAUUUUGAUGCACAAGAUUUGCACCACUUGAGAACACAAUUGGCUCACUAUGAGUUUGACAUGCCCGUCAAUGAAAGAUUUCAGAAUUUAUCAACUAUUUCUGAAUUAUGUCGAAGAUUAGUUGAGACAAAUAAGUCAAAAACCUACAAUUUGAUCGAUAGGUUGAUUCGUCUUGUUUUAACUCUUCCCAUUUCUACAGCAACAACGGAACGAGCAUUUUCAGCUAUGAAGCUCGUGAAAACAACUCUUUGUAACAAGAUGGAAGAAGAGUUUUUAACAGAUUCUAUGAUCGUCUAUAUUGAACGAGAGUUGUCUGAAAACAUUGAUAAUGAUACAAUAAUUAAAGAAUUUUAUUCUAAGAAGAAUAGAAGGGCACAACUUCAAUAA